CUGAUGGACUUUGCAACUUCGCCCGUUCCCUUCCUCGUCUCAGGAGCUUUCGUAUAGGUUCUUCGCGAUAUACGCUGUCUUACUCCUAGCAACCUAAUCUCCCCCCACACCCUACCACGGCCUAACCUAGCAAAUAGCGGGAUAGGCCUGCAACCUCUAAUACACCUUGCCCCAGAGACACCACCGCCAACAUGUCCUCGGGCAACAUGUCCUCCGGUAUCAUCAGCUUCCCUAGCUGGACGCCCCCACCCCUAUCCUCCCUCAACUUCGGUUCCAACUGCACCCACGCCCGAGCAUUCCUCCAGUCCUGGUUUGACUUGAGGUCCUACGAAGACAUCGACGCCAUGCCCGGCAGCGAAUUCAACGUCACCUUUUGGGUGCCCCAAACGUUGGAGGCACAGGCCACCGAGACAUAUUUUCGCGAGGCUUUGCCUUCUGACCUUCAAGCCGUGGCCUCGUACGGAGAGAUAUUGAUAUGGGAACGUCUUCUCCGAGACAACUACACCGAAGCCCUCACAGAGUUCCUUGGUCUUGCCGAUGCUCUGAACCUAACCGGAUCUGCAUUGCAUUCAGCAACCGACUCGCUGCCGCUGGACAUACCGUACUACGACCAUGUCAUCCACGCACCGAGUCGUGCAUGCAAGCAGCAAGUCUGUGAGCUGGGCUUCGACUGGGAUAAGCUCGGCGAUGUCAACGGUCCGGGGGUUUUUAUCUACUACAUAUGCCUCUUGGCCAUCGGCGUUUUAUACUCCCUCAUCGCCUUGUGUGGCGCCUUGCAAUACAGGCUCGGCCACACAGAGCCGCGAAACUCCAAGCACACCUCGUCCCGGUCCCUGCUCGGCGACCUCUUCACCACGGUCAAGCUCUCCUUCAGCGGCUUCUCCGACGGCGCGGCCGUCUUCUCCCUCGCCCUGCCCUGCGCCAUCUUCUACAACUACGUCGCCGCCGGCAGCGUCCGCGUGACCUCCCGCAAGGACCUGAUCCUCGAGCUGUGGGUGCUGGUCUACGCCCUCACCGUCUCCGUCUGGUUCUACCGCGUGGGCGCCUGCAUCCGCCGAGUCGAGCGGGCGAAGCACAGAGCAAUGCAUCACGGCCAGCCUGGCCGCCAAGGUCGGAAGCGUGUCCUCGCAACGGGUGUUGUGCUUUCACUGUCAGCUCUGGCGUUUCUGGCCCUGGUCAUCUUCCUAGGUUUGUAUCACGCCAAUGGAGACGGCCCAGUGUCGCCGUUCGACUUUGAGAAGUUCUGGGACGACUUCUGUGGCUAUGGCGCUCUGUCGAUUCGGGACGUCAUCAUCGGUCUUAGUCUCCUGGUAGGCUACUGCGCAAUUCGUACAGUCAUCUCGGCCUUUAUUAUCCCGUGCGUUAUCAGCCGGAAAGAGCAGAACAUCUUGGGGAACCUCAACGGCAAGCAGGGGGCGGACAUGUUGCAGAGAGCCCGGGAACUCCACAAGAUAUCCAAAACGGAGCCGCGGUAUCGCCGGUGGGCGGAUAUCUUGGGAGUACUAGAUGUCAUGAUGCUCAUGGCCGGAUCGGUUGUCAUGUUGUGGUAUUAUUACAAGCAGCGCGAGCAGCUCUCAAGGACCAUUGGGGCUCGGAGCUUCAGGGACGGCUGGACUUUGGGGCAAAUCCUGGCCGUGUCCAGUCUGUUGCCCGUCCUGAUCGGCUUCGUUCACACAUUCGUCGGGGUGCGUGAUCGUCGACAUUGAGUGGUAUUCAAGCUCACUGUGAGAGAUGAGCAAUACGUAGGCGAGGCAAGAGGCCCUUCUGGUACUAUUACUUAAUUCUGUUAAUCGAAAGCUGGAGAGAAGAGGAAAAGUGGGAACUACAAGCG